AUAAUACAUAACUAGUAGCCUUGAAAAGAUUAUAAAUUGACAUAAAAGUCAGAUUUACAUUUACCAAUUAUCACGAAAUUCACACCAGACUCUUAUGCCCACAACCAAGUUAAAAUUCUUCGUAUUGAAAUUGAACUUAAGACGAAUAAAAGAACCUUAUUUUCAGUUGCACUGAAUCGAAUGUGCCACUUUAAACCGACCACUAGCCUCGAAAAUUGCGAAUAAAUCAGCCAUCUAAAGCAAAAGCUUACGAUAAAUGUUCACCGAUGUAACAACAAGGUUACUGUUCGCGUGGAUUUCAAUCCAGACAGGAGAGACAUCGCGAGGAGAAAUGUAGUCGUAAUAAUUUUCAACGCUGGAGUGGAUCUCUCAGCCUUGUGCAUUGCGAUUACGUAUGUACAUCCACUUCUACACGUGAAUCCGCGGAUCAUGUGGUUGCCGUGUGUUAGCUGCAGUGUGGGUCUAUAUGCAUGCAGUGGGCCACGAUGAACGUUACACGUUGGUCGUACAUUUCCCGUCGCUACUUUAAAAUGUCAAGAAAAAUGUGAGGUCUUCAGACAGUCACGUAACUUGCGGCUGGAAAUCUCCAAAUGCAACGAACUGUUUGAUCCCGAGGACCAAGGAUGUCAAAACGACUGAGCUUCUAUGGUCUAGUAGGCCUGGCGUCCCUUUGCAUCUUCUUCUUAGCAUUUAAUCAACGCUACAGCAGCUACCUUGAGCAUCGACUGCAGCCGGUGAUAUCGGAUGUGGAAAUAAGGCCACGCAUCAUCAAAAUUCAAGAUCCAGUGACGGCAUAUUUUAGAGGGUCCAUUGAAAAUGUCACACUUACUGAAAUACAAGAAGUUGUUGAUCAGCAGAGAAAGGCAAUUGAAAGAGAAAUGGAAGAUUACAAAUAUCCCAAUGGAAGAUAUGGAGUUAAUGUCAGUAAACUGGAAGACUUAGUGUUAGAAAAAGGGGGAAGACCCAUGAGAAGUGUAAUUUUGACAAGUUGGCGAAGUGGUAGUACAUUUUUUGGAGAUGUGAUCAACGCGCAUCCGGCCAAUUUUUACCACUACGAACCUCUUCUUGAUUUUGGAAUUGUACAAAUCAGGGGGCCACCACUUGCUGAUGAAGCUCUUAGAAAUCUAGAGGCAUUAUUAAAAUGUGACUUUAGUAAUCUUGAUCGAUAUUUGGAUUAUGGUAAAACGCAUCCUUGGGUCUUCAAUCAUAAUACUCAUCUGUGGAAACAGUGUCAGAUUCACAAAAAAAUUUGUUGGGAUCCACGAUUCGUUUCGAAAUUUUGCAAAUUAUUUCCCUUUCAGUCAAUGAAGAUCGUUCGUUUAAGACUACGUGCCGCAGAAAAGCUCUUAGAACAAGAAGAUUUAGGAAUACGUUUAGUUCUAUUGAUUCGUGAUCCGAGAGGAAUUUUGCAAUCAAGAAAACAUCGAGAAUGGUGCCCCACCAAACCAGAUUGCUCUGAUCCUGCAUUGGUAUGCGCAGACAUGGUUUCGGACUUUAGUGCAGCAGUUCGACUAAUAAAAAAAUAUCCACGUACUUUUAGGGUGAUACGUUACGAAGACUUAUCUGUAGACCCCUACCGACAUGUAAGGGAAUUAUACAAUUUUUACGGUUUGGACUUUCACGUGAACGUGAAGAAAUUUUUAGAUACACAUACAAAAAACGAUGUUGGUGGUGUCUCGAGUACUUUCCGAAACUCAAAAGUAGCGCCCUUUCACUGGCGAACAGAUCUCGAUUUCGAGGAAGUCGACGAGAUACAAAGAGUGUGUGCAGCGGCAAUGCGACUAUGGGGAUAUGUUAUGGCGUCGAAUUCCAGCCACCAAAAAGACUUCGACCCGCUCACAGACUACCAAUUACAAUUAUGACAUGGGCGUAGUGCACGAUAAAUGUCUAGUAUCUGUACGCAACUAUUACUGUGUAGAAUGGUUAUAAUUCUUAGCUUAUCUGCACAGAUUAUCGAGAUUAUCACAAGUGCCCUCAUUCACAUUGAAAACGUGGUGCUGACAGCUUGUUCAGGCAAGCGCUUAUGAACUCUUACGAUUAAUUCUUUUUACCGAUCAGGUUUGGAUUGAUAAGAAAAACAAAAGAAAAAGAGAAAAAUAAUGAAAGAAGUAAAAAAUUAUUGGACCUCACAAGACCAAUGGUGAAACUCGUUCCUUAAAAAACUUAAGAGAUGCAUAAGUGCUCUUCGAGCUUGUUGCAUAAA